AUGAUUCCUGAACAUAUAAUCCAAAAACUCAAACCAAAACAAGGACAUUAUUCAAUUGAUGUUAAGGAAUCCUUCAUUGAUAAACAGCGUCGUCUAAGUGAAGUAGAAAGACAGACCGUUCUUCAAAAAAAGCACAAAGAAAUGCAACAGUUCAGAUAAACAUUCUCUUCAUCGAGCUCCACGUUAUCUAAGCCAGGCAAAAGAAUUAUGAUAAGAACUAAAGGAUCCAGCAAUCAAGCUAUUCCACUAGAAUAAUAUUAAUAAUCCAUUCCUACUCCAAUCCCCACACCAACGUCUAAUAUUGCUCGAAAACACCAUUAAUCGUAAUCACAAUAAUUGCCCCGAUUGGAAUCUGAAAGCAAUUAGACUCUUAGAAAACAGCCGGAGUUUCACAUGAACACUUAGCAUGAUAUGCUUAAUCCACUUUAACCCCAAAAUCAAAACAUGUUAACAGAAUAAAUAGAUCCUAUGUAAUUGCAACUAUGUGAAGAAAAUAAUGAUGAUCACAUUCAAUGUAUGGUUGAGUAACACUUAUCUGAUUAUCAAGCUUUUGUCAUGCAUUUGGCAGGUAUAUGAUUAAGUGAUAAAAGAUAGGAAAAUGCAUUUGUGUUUAAUGCCCUUGUGGAAAAUGUAAAUGCAAAUUUGAAUAUUAGCCAUUUAAACCUAAUAUCUCAUGGAAAUCUCAUUAUAAUUAAGAGUUCAAGCAAGCACCUAUCAAGGAUUAAGAACUAAAAAUGAAUCUGGAUUCCAUUGGUCGUUAUCAAACAUUGGAUUUGAAUGAAUUUAAAACAACAAUGGCAUCAGAUUACAAAUAAUUUGAUGCCUUCCCAAACAACAUUAAAGAAAAGUAGAAAUACUAAGCUACAUAUGGAUCUACUCCAAUGACUUCAUAUAAUGUAAACAUUGAUAUCAAUUAGAAAUUCUAUAUGGAUUAUGGAGACUUGCAUCAUGAACAAUUCAAAUAGAGUCAUUAUAAAACUGUGAUCCCCGAAUUAAAAUUUAAUUCAUCAACAACUUAUGGUAGCGAAUUCAGAUCACCCAAAUAAGCCGACACCACUGUAAUUGAUCAAUAUGUUAUAAGAGAGUCAAAAACCCCCAAACGGAAAACCGUUUCCAACAAUAGACCUAUUUUUAGGAUAAUCAUAAAAUAAAUUAGCACACGAUUUAAAAAUGACUGAGAAAUGUUACUAAGUGAAGAACUUUUAAGAAGUAAUCAAUAGGAAAUUUAAAUAUAGCCGAUCUAAACAAUACCUGCCUUUGAGAAACAAUUUGUGAGCACAACCAAAAAAGAUUUCGUGAUGAAAGAAGUACCAUGUAUUAGGAAUCAAUAUUCAUAAUAAAUAUAAUAACAAUAUUGA